GUGCCAUGCCCUAGCUGCCGUGGCAGUCAGCCAACUGUUGUUGCCUUGCUCUCACCGCGGUGACGGAGAAACGUGAAAACCGAUCAAUUCUCACAUUCUGACGUCGCCGAGGAGGAAUUCAACAACAACAGUCGGGCACCACUGUCCCCUCGCCCACUCAAGGCUCAUCACAGUCAUUUAUGUACAGUCCAAAGAGCCCCGCGACAAUAUCCAUACAAGCAUGUUGGCCGGACUGCCUCCGAUCUCCCUCUCUUCACUCGACAACAACAUCAAGUGUUGACACCCACAGCAUACAACGAAUGCAGGUGCGCACGAAGGCUACCUUACAACUGUCGCUUGCUGCUGCGGCUUCGGUACUCUCGGUGAGCUCUCGCCAACGGCAUCCGGCACAUCACCAGAUCCAACGGACACAGCCGAGGCAGCGUCAUGCUCGAUGGCCAGCACACCGUCUCCACUGUCUUGCGAACGAAAAGGGAGCGUCUCACGCUCCAGAUACAAAGCCCUGUUGACAACCUACCACACAGAGAUCACACCUGAGUGAGCCUUGGCCCAUCACAUACGUACACGUGGCAACGCACCUUGGGAUUAUCAAGGCAUGCGACGAUUGCCGCGGCGACGUCCUCCUUGCUGACCGAUGACACCGUACGCUUGUCACCCGACGGCCUUGCUCGCGUCACGAGCCUGCCCGGCUGUGCUGCAGAGGGCGACGUUUGUGUCUCUUCUGCCGACUCAUCCCCGAAAUCAGGGACACGCAGAGAGCAGAAGGGCACCGCUGACCUGAUAGACGCACCCAUAAUGGCACUUGUGUGUGGGUAUGUGUGUUGGCUUGUGUUGUUUUGUGUUGUGUGGCUGACAGCUGCACGGUUCGCUCUCUGUGAGCUGCCUGGAAAGCCAGCCUGUGGGUGUCGAACAGGGGGUCGUUUGGGUUGCCCAUCACGCUCUCAAAACGAGACCUGACACACGAAAGCACACAGUUACUUGCCUAUGCAGCAAGGGCCAGCGAAUAUCGGCCGUCUCACCCACCUGAGGAAGUUCCACUGUGUCCUGUCGACGACAGGCGGCAGGGCAGACGACGAAACAAACAGCAACUCAGGCGCAGUCUGCUCGCGAUACGCCUCAAUGCCCUACAUACACGAGACACACGUAUCCACAUGUGCGUCCGUUGCCCACUUGGCCCCACCUGACCUGUAUCCUUGCUCCGAAUUCCUCCUCGAAUCCCUCCCUUGUGCGCCUGAAGACGAUGCCCAGCUGCACGAUGUCGCUGCGGUCGAACAGCACAGCACCAGACGGGUUGUCGGACACGCUCAUCAAAGGAACGCCAUUCACGUGCGGCAGGAAGGAAGAGAAUGGCACCAGGGUCUGCGAGAAGACAGUCGUCAUGUGCGUACGUGUGGUUGUGUGUGUGAUUUCCUGACCUUGGUGAUCUUGUUGGGUGCGUCGAUGUCGGCUUCGAACUGAAUGCCAUCCUGCCAAUACGACUGAGUGCGGAUGACCUGGGUGACAGACACAGGGGAUCGACAGACAGACGGACAGACUUGCAUUUCUAUCUACAGAUCGGCCAGGGUGGUGCUCUGGGUGGGUGGGUGUAUGCGUAUUAUACCAGUUUGUAUUUGGGCCUUCCCUUGUCUCGCAGCCACCGGAUCAUCAGACCGCCGUAGCAAUCCAAACUGACACACACAUACCCAUAGACAUACAUAUGGAUGGCUCUCAAUGACGGAGGUCGGCAACCAGCCUUACUUCAUGGUGAGGGGGACCGACAUGAGCGAUAUCUCAUUCUGGGGAUACCUGCACACACGCACACACACACACACACACUCACACAUGCUCACGGUGUGUAUGCUUAUUCAAUAGAGCGCCUUUCUCUGCUCACAUGAUGUUGCCGAAGAACUUUGCGUCCCUCCCAGCGAAUGUGUUGUCCUUGUCUGCCCCGGCCUUCAGAUCCUGACCACGGAAGAAGCGAGUCUCGCACCACGCAGCCGAGGCCUGAUCGACCCACAAUGGCAAGAGUACGGAAGCGUCGAUGUGUGUGUGUGUGUGUGCAUCUCGUGAUUGCUUACGCCUUCCUGUCGGUCUUUGGGCCAGUUCGGCCUCAGUAGCCCCCGCUCCUCGAUCGACAGCAGAGUGCGAUCGAAAGACUGCACACACACACACACGGACAGAUAAUGGCUGUCAGAGUGAGUACACAUGUGGCGCAUGGAGCCCACCUGUCUAAAGUCGAGCAGCGUCUGUCUAUAUCUGUCCUUGGCCGAAUAGUUGAGGGCCACCAACACGUUGAGCAGUGCUGCCCAAUCAGACGUCUGGAAGGGACGCGGCACGCUGUCCUUCAAAAGCUGAGCAACGAACCAGCCACACAUCGAUAAGAAACACCGAUGGGUUCGAGUGUCUGUCUAUUGUCCGUACCUCUCCAGUCUCCAGGAAGACCACCUUGUCGGCGCCCCUCACGGCGUCAAACACAGACAGCAAGUCGCUGUACUCACCCUGACCAACCAUCACACAGCAAACACACGCGUAAGCAUGCACUCUCUCUGCGAGUCCGCUUCUCCCCUUUCGUACCACAAAGUACUGCACGUCAUCUCCCAGUGCCGCCCUGGCCUCUGCCAUGAGCUCGCUGCUCACGUACACGCGAACUCGAUAGCCUCGCGACAACAGCAGGCGGACCAACGCUCUGCCAGUCGGACCUGCAACACCCACAGGACAGGCACACAUCAGUGUUCCGUACAUCCAGGCAGAUGUCCAUUCAUGUGUCGUUCCUUCCUCUCUCGCUCACUUGUGGCGCCGAGCACGAGCACAUCGAGAGGUUUCGGUGACGGUGGCGCCUCUGCCUUCUCCGUGGGCAGUUCCUCCACAGGCUGGCCCUUGACCUGCUGAAAGGCCGAGCCCUUGGCGGGCGAGCUGUCGCCGAACAGCUGGUUGAAGAGACUGAACGCCUGCUGGAACACACCCUCAUUCUUGGGCGCCGCAGACUCGCCCGACGAUGAUUCGUUCUGAUGGAAACACAUAACCACACAUGCAGAUCUGUCGUGCACGUGCUUGCAGAUGCGCUUCGUACCUUCAUCUCUGCAGAUGCGACGGCAGAUCUCCCUUGGUUGCGUCGAAAUGGCCUCCUCUGCGGUGUGCUUUCGCUGCUGAAGCGGCCGGAAGGCUGCAGGAUGAAGCCGCCGGCGAGGCAGCACAGGCAGGUUGCGAGCAGGAGGGUCAGCUGGAGUCUCCUUCUGCUUCGCGACGCCACACACGCCAUGCCCAUCGACUCCAUUUCAGGCGACUGACAGCAGAUCUCAAAUCAAAUCCAUCGAGCUACAAAGCGCCUGCUGUUCGUG